AUGCCUAUUGAGUCGAUCUCAUUCGAGGAUUGUAGGCAGCUCGACGGUGGAAAGCUGUCGUGGGCUCACAUUCGUAGUCUGCCUAUCAUCGUCCUCUGCUGCAUCUUCCGGUCACCAGCGGCGGAUAUAAAGGUUUCCAUCAUGGAGAGUCUUCACAGCUUCUGGCAGUUAGGCGAUGAGCUUCGAGGACAGUCAAGAGUCUCGGAGGAUCAAAAAUGGUCUGUGGCUGCUUCAAAAUUGGCUGAGCAGACCAGGUCAAAGCCCGAGCGCAAAAGCAAUGUAGAUCUCUCAAAGGGUUCUGCUGAAUUUAAGCCCAAGGAUAGUUUUGUAUUUCAAGAAGACAACAGAUUUGAAAAUUUCAACUUCGGCAUGUUAAACCUGGGGCCAAGGUUCAACGAAAAUGUGACCAAAAGUUCGUUCGCGAAUGGUAUUUACAAUAUGAAUGCUGUUUAUCAGAACCCAAAUGUUAGUACUCUGGGAAAUAUUCCUGGAAGCAAAUAUAACAAUAUCAACAUCAUGAAGGAGCCUAAUGUUGUCAAUACCAAAACUAACAAGGACGAGAGCUCAAAUGCAAAUAAUGCCAUCGAUAAAAGGUUUAAGACCUUACCAGCGGCUGAGACACUCCCAAGGAAUGAAGUUCUCGGUGGAUAUAUCUUUGUGUGCAACAAUGAUACAAUGCAGGAAGAUUUGAAGAGACAACUGUUCGGUUUGCCCCCAAGAUACAGAGAUUCAGUGAGGGCAAUAACACCUGGUUUGCCUCUGUUUUUGUACAACUAUACCACUCACCAGUUGCAUGGCAUCUUUGAGGCAACAACCUUUGGAGGCUCCAACAUUGAUCCUACUGCUUGGGAAGACAAAAAGUGCAAAGGCGAAUCGAGGUUCCCUGCCCAGGUAAGAAUUCGUGUUAGGAAACUCUGCAAGGCUCUGGAAGAGGAUGCAUUUAGGCCUGUCUUGCAUCACUAUGAUGGCCCUAAGUUCCGCCUUGAACUCUCAAUUCCUGAGACUUUAGACUUGCUUGAUCUUUGCGAUCAAGCUGGUUUGCUGGAUACCGUUGCUGAUAUUAAUCUCAGCCCUGCUUAA